AUGGUAGACGAGGAGGAAGCCGCGCGCAGACAGCUUCGACGAGAGAAGAAGAAGGCUCGCAGACGGGCGGACAAGCAUGAGCACGCUGAGCCUGCAGCUGAUGCAGAGUCCAACCAUCACAUUGAGGUGGCUGACUCUGACGCAUUGGAACAGCAGGACGACGAUACCGACGAUGAGGCUGAGGGUACUGCAGACUUCGAUCGUGAGGUCGACAUGCUUGACAGGGACGCACUAACACGGCAAGACGACACUGAGGCCCGGAAGCUGGGACUCACGGUCGCUACAAAAUCUAGCUGGACACUGUCAGCACCUACUGGGGGCCGCUUUGUGCAGUGCGAUCCAAUCUUUGCCACUGAGCUUUCUACCGGCGAGCAGGUCUUGCUCACGGCGACUGCGCAGGAAGUGCAAGUCUUGUCCGUGGAGACGUCGUUGCCUAUCCGGACAUGUUCCAUCCCCAACAACCAGAGUGUGGUCUCCCUUACCCUAAGAGAAGCGAGUCCCGGAUCGGUCUAUUGCCUGCUCCGCAACGGUGAGGUUGUCGUCUGGCAAUGGACAUCUGAUGCGGCAGAGCUAGCUACCAUUCCCGGUCCGGGCAAGGUUGUGGCUAUGGCUGAUGCUUUAGAUGACGCGCUGUUUUGCCUCCACAACGCCGAUGGUACUUUGCGCAUCACGAGACGUCGCGAAGUUUGGUACCAGACGCGCAUGCAGCUGACUGACCUGCUCGUCACGGGCGAAUCGGACUUUGUCAUCGCCUAUGGGCCGUCUGCAGUACUCCUUGGAGCCAAGACAAGAUCUGACUAUGUCUGGAUCGAAGUGCCGAUUGGUGGCACAAUCACCUGCCUCGACGCUCGACUGACGCACUCCAAUGAGAGCGGCAAGAAGAAGCGUCAAGCCCACCUCAGCCUCGCCAUCGGUAAAAGCGACGGCCAAAUCCACGUUUACGAGGAUGUCACAUCCCUCUUCGCACCGCAAGCCCAGGCCACCCUCCCCCCGCCACGUAUCCUGCACUGGCACCGAGAAGCUGUGUCUUCCGUCAAGUUUUCACGGGAUGGCAACUACCUCGUCUCGGGUGGGAAAGAAACGGUGCUUGUGCUAUGGCAGCUACAGACGGGUGUCCAGCAGUAUCUACCCCAUCUGACGAGCGAGAUUGAACGCAUCGUGGUCAGCCCGAAAGGUGACAGAUAUGCGGUGCAACUCGGCGACAACUCAAUCAUCGUCCUCAGCACGAGCGAGCUGAAGCCGGUUGCGCAUUUCGCGGGACUGCAGUUGGCCGGCUCUUCGCUCUCCACCACGACGGCACUGUCCAUCAUCUCCAAGCAUGCAGCUGCUGACCGCAAAGCCACCGCUGCAACAAUCCAUCCUCAGCGGCCACACCAACUCCUCCUCACCGUCCCCGCCACCCGCCCAAAGACCGCAACCGAAGCCGCCACAGCCCGCCCUUUCCUCCAAACCUUCGACCUCCGCGCCUCCCGCAGCCUCAUGCGCCAAGCGCUCACUCGCAACAACGUCACAGACGUCAACAUCGGUCCGGAGAAGACCGCCAUCGCUUCUCCCGACGUCGCGUACUUGGCUGUCAGUCACGACGGUCAGUGGCUGGCUACGGUAGAUGAGUGGAUGCCGCCGGCCUCGGACUUGGAGUACCUUUGCGAUACGCCUGGUGGUGUGGAGCCAGAGAGGUGGAUGAGGAGGGAAGUGUACUUGAAGUUUUGGAAGUGGGAUCAAGGGCAGGGGAUGUGGAGUCUCUCCGCACGAAUCGACGCGCCGCAUGCCCGUGCGGAUGGACGGUUACAGGGGGCCGGGAAGGUGUUGGGCUUGCUCGCUGAUCCGGUCACUGUCGGCUUCAUCACGCUUGGGGAAGACAGCCGCGUCAGGAUGUGGAGGCCUCGAAGGCGGGUGAAGAAGGGCGCUGUGAGUAAGGUUGAGGGGGAAGAAUUGGAGGUUACGGAGUGGAUUUGCAGGCAGGUGGUCGAACUGCCCGCGACGGAAGCGCGACGUGCGGACUCCCCGCUGGAUACGUUCGAGGUGCCUGCCCCUCAUCAAGCAUGUCUGGCGUGGGCGAAGGAUGGGUCUUUGUUGGCUAUUUCGCUGAGCUUCCGCGACACAGCAGCUACGCCGGCGCUGGUCCAUUUCGUCAAUGCUGCUACGGGAAAGCUCGUGACUUCGACAUCCGGCCUCGCGCCUGGCGAAGUCGAAGCGAUCGGGAUUCUCGACCGUUACAUUGUCGUCGUGUCGAGCGGCAGUAUCAAUGUCUGGGAUUUAAUUACGAAUAUCCUGACGCAUCGCUUCAACAUCACGUCUGGCCGGCCAUCGCUCGCUGUCAACCAUAAGGACGGCACGUUUGCGGUAGCGGUGCGUUCGCAGGUUGUUGUCUAUCGACCUAGAAAUACGCAGGCGCUGGCUCGAGAAGAUUGCGGACAGGAUAUUGCCGCUAUCCUGCCUAAAGAGGAUACUGGUGGGUAUACGCUGCUUUUCGACGAUGCUACCGUGCGGACGCUAUUGUACAUGGGUGCAGGUCCACGACUGACGGAACUGAAGUAUGCUUCCGAGGACGCGCCACUCCUGAUCGAGGACGUCCCUGAAGCUGCAGAUGAGGCUUCGGAUGUGGAGAUGACUGAGGUUCUUGCUCUGCCGGCUCCUGAUGAUAGAAGACGGCAGCAAGGGUUCGUCCUUGAGGAGACGGAGGAUGAUCGGCCAGUUGUCAGGCCGGAACAGCUGGCGAGCAUAUUUGAUGUCGGGCAGAGCUUCGCCAUGCCGCCCAUCAGGGACAUGUUCGCCGCGGUUAUGGAGUUGUACGGACGUAAACCUCUAUCCAGGUUUGUAAGGGAGGAGGUGGCGUAG